CUACUACUGCUUUGAAAGUUGUACCUAUCAAUCACAUAUAUUUAGCUGACUUAUUUCAUUUUUCUCCCUUGCUCUUCUCUCUCUCUCUCUCUCUCUCUCUUUCUCUACUUCUACCCCUCCACUCUCUCACCCUGUCUCUCUCUCUCUCUCCCCCUCCCCCCUCCUCUCUCUCCAGUAAUGUACUGUUCAGAUCCGGGUCAUGUGGAACAUUCCACCAGGUCUCUGUCAGACGCUAAACUCCUGGUUGGGACCACCAUCCAGUACAGCUGUUACCCCGGCUUCAUCCUGCAGGACGGCUCUACACUCACCUGCUACGGACGAGAGCCCGGAACCCCUGUCUGGACAUCCAAACUGCCCCACUGUGUCUGUGAGUACCUUUACAUUUUACAUUUUAGUCAUUUAGCAGACGCUCUUAUCCAGAGCGACUUACAGUUAGUGAGUGCAUACAUUUUUCAUACUGGCCCCCCGUGGGAAUCGAACCCACAACCCUGGCGUUGCAAGCGCCAUGCUCUACCAACUGAGAUACAGGAGGCUACCUACCUGUGUGUGUGUGUGUGUGUGUGCGUGCGUGUGUGUAUACAUGCGUGCGGCCCUGGUAAUAAAUAGUGCACAGGGUCAAAAGUGCACUAUAUAAGGAAUAGGGUGCCAUUUGGGACAGAGCCCAAAUGGAUGAGUUUGUGCUACAGUAAUGUUUUUCCAGGACAGGAGGCUGCAGUGUGUAUUAUAAACCUGAACAGUUCUCUCUCCUGUAGACCAGGCGCUCAUUUUAAUAGCGUUUGAUGUUGCAGAGCUAAUCUGUGAUGGGCACUUAAUCUCUGGCAGAGAUGACUCGACAGGGUUGGCUUUCUCUUUGUACUUCUAACACCGCUCCUAGCCUGUUUGUGUUCAUGGUUAUUAAAGUGUGUGUGUGUGUGUGUGUGUAUGACAGCUUCCUCCUCCUUUCUGCAUUCUCAUGGCUAUUAAUCUGUGUGCGCGCGCACGUGUGAGGCGUUUGAUAUGCUAAUGCAGUGUGCAGAUCAGGCCCUGGCCACCUGGAAGAGGGGGCGGAGAUUAUCCAUGAGUCAGGGCAGCUGGGCUUGAGUCUGUCAGACCAGGAGGAGAAGCUGUCAAUCAACCACCCUAGCCUUCCUCCCUCCCUCCCUCCCUCCCUGUCAGUCUGUCUGUUUGCGUGUGACUCACACCUCCUUAGAACCAGUGUUCUCCAACCCUCUCCUCCAGUACCCCACGCUGUUCCACUUAGUUGAGCUAUUUCACUUCUAGCACUGAUUCGACUGGUCAAGGGCUUGAUGAUUGUUGAGCAGAUGAUGGUUUACCUCCCUGUCUCUCACUCCAUCUCUCCCUCCUCCCUUUCUCUCUCUCUCUCUCUCUCUCUCCCUCCAUCCCUCUCUCCAGCGGAGGAAUCUGUUUCCUGUGAGAACCCCGGUCUCCCUGACAACGGGUACCAGAUCCUGUCCAAGCGCCUCUACCUGCCUGGCGAGUCGCUCACCUUCGUCUGUUACCAAGGUUACGAGCUCAUCGGCGAGGUCGCCAUCAAGUGCAUCCUAGGAAAUCCGUCGUUUUGGAGCGGACCACUCCCACUGUGCAGGGGUGAGACCCAGCUCCCACGUACCACCCCUACAGACCUGCAUGGAAUGGAACAUUCCUCAUCAUGACUUUCCACAUAGACACAAAUGUAGCCAUUGGCGCUUGUUUUAGUAAUGAUAAUUCAGUAUGUCCCUGUGCAUGCAGCUUUAGGCAGCCAGGUUGGUAGUUUCUCCUCUCUGUAGUUGUUUAAGACUGCUGGGCUGUGGUCAGAAGUAGUCUAACUAUAUAAGGAAUUAAUGGACGCAGCCCUAAACAUGACCAAAAGUAUGUGGACACCUGCUCGUCGAACAUCUCGUUCCAAAAUCAUGGGCAUUUAAUAUGGAGUUGGUCCCCCCUUUGCAGCUAGAACAGCCUCCACUCUUCUGGGAAGGCUUUCCACUAGAUGUUGGAACAUUGCUGCUGGGAUUUGCUUCCAUUCAGCCACAAGAGCAUUAGUGAGGUCGGGCACUGAUGUUGGGCGAUUAGGCCUGUCUCGCAGUCGGCAUUCCAAUUCAUCCCAAUGGUGUUCGAUAGGAUUGAGGUCAGGGCUCUGUGCAGGCCAGUCAAGUUCUUCCACACCGAUCUCAACAAACCAUUUCUGUAUGGACCUCGCUUUGUGCACGGGGGCAUUGUCAUGCUGAAACAGGUAAGGGCCUUCACCAAGCUGUUGCCACAAAGUUGGAAGCACAGAAUCAUCUAGAAUGUCAUUAUAUGCUGUAGCGUUAAGAUUUCCCUUCACUGGAACUAAGGGGCCUAGCCCGAACCAUGAAAAACAGCCCAAGACCAAUAUUCCUCCUCCACCAAACUUUACAGCUGGCACUAUGCAUUGGGGCAGGUAGCGUUCUCCUGGCAUCCGCCAAACCCAGAUUUUAUACACCUGUCAGCAACGGGUGCGGCUGAAAUAGCCGAAUCCACUAAUUUGAAGGGGUGUCCACAUACUUUUGUAUAUAUAUAAUGUACCUGUAUGAUAUACCUUACCUACUCUGUCAAUGUCUGAGAGAAUGUCUGAUGUCUUGCAGCCAACCAUGACUGCUUUGGCAACCAUGCUUUGGAAGGUGAGUCUGUUUGUCUGUCUGUCUUUCUGACUCUGUGAGCCUGCCUGCCUGCCUGGUUGUCUGUCCGUUUUUCUGUAUAUUUUUCUGUCUUUGUCCAUAUUCUUGUGUGUCUGUCAAUCUGUUUAAGCAGAUCUUUGUUUGUACAUACAGUAGUGACUUAAAGGGAUUCUCCGGUACUUUUGUAUACUUUUUAGUCAGUAGUUCUGAAAGUAGCACUCACAAGCCACAUCACAUGCCACAUCACAUGCCACAUCACAUAUGUGCAGAUAUGUCCACCACGUCAUUGCUCUCUCUUUCUCGCUCUGCUGUGUGUGCAUCAUGUGCAUCUCUAGCUGUCACUCAUAUGGCGUGGGGGUGAAGCUCAUUGGUUGAACUCAAAUUGCUAGGGGGCUGCCCACUUGGGGGAAAGUGUAGGGAAAAUGGCCCAGCACAGCUUCCAGAGAGACUGAUGCUUUCAAACUAGGGAUUUUGUGGCAGGUAAGACACUAAUUCUGCAUGUAUGAACUACACAUUGGCACAUCCAGCCCAAAGCGGAAGGUUUAAAUACUUAGUAGUCGCCAAAGUUCCUGGAGCAUGUCUUUAAUCAGCUACUGUCCAAUCUGCAGUAUUCUCCCUAAUUACCUGUACUCUUUGGAUCAUUCUUGAAUUGCGGUGGUAAAAUCUGGCACCAUGUAAAAACACUUUAAAAUGACAAAAACAUGAAAAAUACAUUUUCAGUUUUAUUUAACUGUUAUUUAACAAGAACACAUAUGUAAGUCCUUUAUACUGCAACCAGGGGCGGUGUGUUCAAUAGGGCGAUAUGGGCGACGCACUGCCAAACGGGAAAAGGAAGGGAUUUUUUUUCUAAUCAAUUAUAUCACGGCAACAGUAGUUAUCAGUGUUGUAAUCUAGACGUCUGAUCUGCCACAGUGCCACACUGCCACUAAAUGUCCAAUCAGGCUAAAGUCGUGCUUCAAAUGCCCCCCCCCCCCCCCUUUUGGGGCGAUUUCAGUCAGGUUGAAAAUCGCCCAGAAGUCUGUCAUAGACUCCCAUGUAAAAUCUAUUUUUUUCAAAUUUCAGAGCUUUCAAUACAAUCUCUAUGGGUUUCUGAGGGCUUGCACUUACGCGCUUUCGUCAUACGUAACGUAACCAUGAACGUAACUAAGAAAAGAGCGGGUAGCAGCAUCAAUCAAUUCACGUACUACUAUCAAGAUGGCUAUAGCGUUCAGUGCAACUCGAUUGUCUCUUUGAAAGAAGUUCACAUCAAAGAGACAACCACAAAGUGCAGGAGCGCUUUUUUGAGUUCCUUCCCAUCUCGGAAUCAACCUCAGUCUCAAUCGCCAGUGUGCUUUUGGAGAGACUGAACGGUCUUUUUGCCGACGACGUGAAAGUCAAACUCAUUGCGCAAGCUUACGAUGGAGCCAGUGUGAUGAGGCGAGAGAAGGCAAAAGGUGCGUGAGCAUUUCAAGAAAGGCCAUUACGUGCAUUGCUAUGCGCAUCAGCUGAAUUUGAUCAUGCAGCAAGCUAAAAAGUAACUAGUAAACUAGUCCUCAGCAUGCCUGAUUUCAAUGAGAAAGUCAUUGACCGCUUUGCUGCAUUGAAAGAGAGAAGAGAACAGUUUCAGUACAAGUAAUGUAGCCUCUCUCUCUCUUUGUCCCUCCCUGUCUGUCUCUUUAACACACACACGCCCAAAUCAGUUCACAGUUGAUGUUGUUUAAAAUAGUUAUUUUUCAUUUUUAAAAAAGUAAACAAUUUUUUUUACAAAUCUAUACAAUUGGCCAGAAUAUGGUUGUUCAUAUUUACAAAGCCAUACAGAUAGCUGUGUUUACCUUUUCUAGAAAUUAUUUUCAAAUUCUGUUUUCAGGCAAAAUGUCUAUCACUGUUCAUUUUCACAAAUCUAUACAAGAGGGCAGAAUAUGGAAGUCUAUAAAAAUUUCUUAUUACCAAUAACUUGCAUCAAUGUUUUCAGUAGCCUCUAUCAAAAGCUCCUGCUUGCUCAGGUGCACAUAUUUCCAAUUCAACCAUGAGGCCUUUUUGAAGCAAGUAAUGUGUAUAUCAGUAUUGACUUAUAUGCUGCCCCUGUCUUCAUGUUGUUGCUGGACAUAUCUUUUUUAAAAUGUGUGUAGGUCACCUAAAUCAUCAGAAAAAUUGCCCCCCCUGAGAAUUUUUUCAGGAGCCGCCACUGACUGCAACACAUCUAUUUGUAUGCACUGUAUAAACUACUGGGGGCUAGCAACUUGGCUUGUCCCACUGGUGAGUGUUAGAGGUGUAGUGACAUGUUUUGGGGAUUUAGAUGUAUCUACACUACCGUUCAAAAGUUUGGGGUCACUUAGAAAUGUCCUUGUUUUCGUAAGAAAGGCAAUUUUUUUGUCCAUUAAAAUAACAUACAAUUGAUCAGAAAUACAGUGUAGACAUUGUUAAUAUUGUAAAUGGCUAUUGUAGCUGGAAACAGCUGAUUUUUUUAUGGAAUAUCUACAUAGGCGUACAGAGGCACAUUAUCAGCAACCAUUAGUCCUGUGUUCCAAUGGCACGUUGUGUUUGCUAAUCCAAGUUUAUCAUUUUAAAAGGCUAAUUAAUCAUUAGAAACCCCUUUUGCAAUUAUGUUAGCACAGCUGAAAACUGUUGUGCUUAUUAAAGAAGCAAUAAAACUGGCCUUCUUGAGACUAGUUGAGUAUCUGGAGCAUCAGCCAUUGUGGGUCUGAUUACAGGCUCAAAAUGUCCAGAAACAAAUAACUUUCUUCUGAAACAGUCAGUCUAUUCUUGUUCUGAGAAAUGAAGGCUAUUCCAUGCGAGAAAUUGCCAAGAAACUGAAGAUCUCGUACAACGCUGUGUACUACUCCCUUCACAGAACAACGCAAACUGGCUCUAACCAGAAUAGAAAGAGGAGUGGGAGGCCCCGGUGCACAACUGAGCAAGAGGACAAAUACAUUAGAGUGUCUAGUUUGAGAAACAGACGCCUCACAGGUCCUCAACUGGCAGCUUCAUUAAAUAGUACCCGCAAAACACCAGUCUCAACGUCAACAGUGAAGAGGCGACUCCGGGAUGCUGACCUUCUAGGCAGAGUUGCAAAUAAAAAGCCAUAUCUCAGACUGGCCAAUAAAAAUAAAAAAUUAAGAUGGGCAGUCUGAGAUGUGGCUUUUUCUUUGCAACCCUAGAAGGUCAGCAUCCCGGAGUCGCCUCUUCACUGUUGACGUUGAGACUGGUGUUUUGCGGGUACUAUUUAAUGAAGCUGCCAGUUGAGGACCUGUGAGGCGCCUAAAGGAUUGAUGGCCUUAGAUUUGAACAUUUGUGGCCUCCAUUUCCGAAAAAAUCCUAAUUUACCUAAAAUGUCUCAUUGAUGUUACUAUCAUUGGUGUUACUACUCCUACUGGUUGCACAAUGUAAUCAUAAUGGUAAAACACAUUUUAAAGCCAUUAAGCUACCUUUAGAAUGGGAAGAUGUACCCAAAGACAUUUAAAUACAUUAAAAUGUAGAAAAAUUAAGUAAAUUUUUUCCAAAAUGCCAUGCCCAAAUGCCACUCUGAUUCAAGAAUGACCCAUUUGUUAAUUGUCGGAUUCGCGUUGAUAUUUUUUGUCUUUGUAUUGCUCUGUUAUUAUCACCUUUUCACUGGGACUGAACUGAAGUUAUCCCUCUUCCUCCUUCCCACUCGCUUUCACGCUCUCCCCUUACCUUCCUUCUCCUCCCCUCUCUCUAUCGCCCCCUCCCCUCCAGUUGCGGAAGCAGCAGCCGGGUCAGGUCUGGACGGAGGCAACAUGGCAUUGGGCAUCUUCAUCCUUGUACUUCUGCUCUCCGUGCUGCUGGGAGGAGCCUAUGUCUACGUCACACGGUAAGACCACGCUCCCUAUCACCUCAACACACCUCUACACACCAGUGGACCUGUUCAACACAGUGACCUGUUUAGAUUAUCAUUGGAUAAAUUCAAGUAGCUAAUACCGCUUUCAUUAAAAAAUAUAUAAUCCCAUUUGUUGCCCAGUGAAUGGGAGUCCCUGAACUCUCUACUUACUUGAAGACACUGGAGCUGAAUAUUUUGUAUUAAAUUCCAUUUAAAAGCAAUAUUGUCCAUCAAUGGUCAUAUGGAAAAUAUAAAAACAAAUUGCCCUUGUUACCUUCCUAUCUGACCGUGCAACCUUUGUUACGGUUGAAUAGCAUCAGCCACAAGGUUACAGAACAUUCAGAUAUAAAUGUAUUGUGUAGAACAGACAUUAUUCUCUGUCAUGUAGAAUAGGGAAUCUUGUCAGCUGCUCGACAUAUGACAAUUCUAUCUUCAACAUUCCAAACGUUUCACCUCAUUAAAUAGGCUCCAAAUGAAUGAGGCAAGUGACUCAUAUGAGAACAGUAAUAUUCUUUAUCCUGCUCAGUUUCUCUCUCUCUCUCUCUCUCUGCUCAUGGAAACAGUUGUGUCAUGAAAUGUUUUUAUAGUCCUGACACCCUGCUGUUCCUCUCUUGGCCACCAGGUGCCGCUACAACUCCAACCUGCGGCUGCCACUCAUCUACCCACACCCCUACAGCCAGAUCACAGUGGAGAGCGAGUUUGACAACCCACUCUACGAGACAGGAGGGGUGAGGAAGUACACGCAUGCACACACACACACACAAAAACACACACAAACAUAGUCAUUGUAUGAGACAGGAGGGUCUUUAAUACUGGUCUAUAACAUCUCUCUCUCUCUUUCUCUCCCUCUCUCUCAGGACACCCGUGAAUAUGAGGUAUCAAUAUGAGGACCUUCUCUACUGUUAGAAUCCCAAAAUGAAGAAUCUUCCAGCCCACCAACCCCACUCCCUACCCCUCUCCUCCUCAGCCCCGCUCAAAAUAAGUGAUGUAAAUACAGACUGACUAUAGUCCCGCCCCUUCCUCCCAUGACCCUGUCCUCCAGUCACAGAGAGAGGAAACCGCGAGAGGGAAGACGAGUAGGAAAGGGAAUGGGUGAGCGAGGAGAGGGGAAGAAAAUAGGAAGAGAGGGGAAAGGAGAGGACAGGAGAUACUGGGUGUUUCUCAAUAUUCUUACUACCAUUCACUGAGCACGGAACGGUCGGAGUAUGAGUCCAAAUCAA